AGAAAGAUGAAAGUAGGUGUGGUGGGGGCAGGGAUAAAUGGACUAAUUUCUGCAUAUGAAUUGGCAAAAUGUGGGGUCAAAGUUGUAAUUUAUGAGAAGGAACAUUAUAUCGGCGGCCAUGAUAAGACCGUCACCGUGGACGACGUCGAACUUGACCUUGGGUUUAUCCUCUUUAAUCGAGUAACUUAUCCAUACAUGAUGGAAUAUUUUGAGUGCCUUGGAGUUGAUAUGGAGACCUAUCAUAUGUCAUUCUCAGUGAGCUUAGACCAAGGCCAUGGUUGCGAAUGGGGUACUCGAAAGGGAUUCUCUAGUUUGUUUGCACAGCAGAAGAAUCUCUUGAAUCCAUAUUUUUUGCAAAUGAUUAGAGAAAUCAUCAUAUUCAAGCAGGAUGUCAUAAGUUACCUUGAAGAAGUUGACAAUAAUCCUGACAUUGAUCGCAAUGAAACAUUAGGGCAAUUUAUUAAGUCACGUGGGUAUUCAGAGUUAUUUCAGAAGGCUUAUCUGAUUCCAAUAUGUGCUUCAAUCUGGUCCUGUCCCUUAGCAGAAGUAUUGAGCUUUUCUGCUUACUACAUUCUUUUAUUCUUCCGCGACCACCAUCUUCUGCAGAUCUUUGAUCUCCCUCAUGAAUUGCUCACUGUAAGAUGGCGAUCACAGACAUAUGUAAAUAAGGUUAAGGAAGAGCUGGAGAAGAGAGGCUGCCAAAUAAGAACUGGUUGUGAAGUAAAUUCUGUAUCGACAAAUGAAGAAGGUUGUACCAUAGCUUGCACUGAUGGUGCCACAGAAGUAUAUGACGGAUGCAUAAUCGCUGCACAUGCUCCAGAUACUCUGAAAAUGUUAGGCAAAGAGGCAACAUAUGAUGAAACAAGAAUACUAGGUGCUUUUCAGUACAUCUAUAGUGAUAUUUUUCUUCAUCGUGACAAAACAUUCCUGCCUCGCAAUCUGGCAGCAUGGAGUGCUUGUAACUUUCUUGGAACCAUGAAUGAUAGAUCAUGUGUCACAUAUUCCCUCAAUAUAAUGCAGAAUCUUGGUGACUCAAACCUGCCUUAUCUCGUAACCCUCGAUCCUCCUCGCGAACCAGAACAUAUGUUGCUUAAAUGGACAACAAGCCACCUAGUCCCCUCAGUUGCUGCAUCAAAAGCAUCAAAUGAGCUACAUCAAAUCCAAGGGAAGAGAGGAAUAUGGUUUUGUGGAACAUAUCAAGGCUACGGUUUCCAUGAGGAUGGACUAAAGGCGGGUAUGGCUGCUGCAGAUGGCAUGCUUAGAAGGAAAUGUCGUAUUCUGGACAAUCCCAAGCACAUGGUGCCAACCUGGACUGAAACAGGAGCACGCCUCCUCGUUACUAGAUUUCUCAAAAGUUUCAUUGAAACUGGAUGCAUAAUCUUGUUGGAAGAAGGAGGUACAAUUUUCACUUUCCAAGGAACAGAUAGGAAAUGCUCUCUCAAAGUUUUGCUUAGAAUCCAUAGUACACAGUUUUACUGGAAGGUUGCAACUCAAGCUGACCUAGGCCUUGCUGAUGCCUUUAUUCAUGGGGAUUUCUCUUUUGUUGAUAAGAAUGAAGGUCUUCUUAUGAGAGGAAAUGACUCGAUAUCUUCGUUAAUAAUAUUUGUUGCCAACAGAGAUAUGAAAGCAUCUGUUAAAAGGUCUAGCAAGAAAAGAGGUUGGUGGACACCAUUGCUUUUUACAGCAGCACUGUCAUCUGCAAAAUAUUUCAUUCAACACGUUUCCAAUCAUAAUACUCUGACUCAGGCUCGUCGGAAUAUUUCUCGCCAUUAUGACCUGAGUAAUGAACUCUUCUCACUCUUUCUGGAUGAGACAAUGACAUAUUCAUGUGCAAUAUUCAAGAGUGAGGAUGAAGACCUGAAAGAUGCGCAGCUGAGAAAGAUUAGUCGUCUCAUUAGUAAGGCAAAGGUUACCGCAGAACAUCACAUUUUAGAGAUUGGAUUUGGUUGGGGAAGUUUGGCUAUGGAAGUUGUCAAGCAAAGAGGAUGUAAAUAUACUGGAAUAACUCUCUCGGAGCAGCAACUGGAGUAUGCACAGUUGAGCGUUGAGCAAGCAGGCCUUCAGGAUCAAAUAACAUUUCUCCUAUGUGACUAUCGCCAAAUCCCAAAUAAGGACAAAUAUGACAGGAUUAUAUCAUGUGGGAUGUUAGAACAUGUUGGUCAUGAUUUCAUAGGGGAAUUCUUUACUUGCUGUGACUCUGCAUUGGCAGAAGAUGGACUUCUAGUCCUGCAGUUCAUUUCAAUACCAGACGAGAGGUAUGAAGAAUAUAGGCAGAGCUCAGACUUCAUAAAAGAGUAUAUAUUCCCAGGUGGAUGCUUGCCCACACUAAGUCGAGUGACAUCAGCCAUGGCUGCUGCAUCCAGACUAUGUGUCGAGCACCUGGAGGAGAUAGGAAUUCAUUACUACCAGACACUGAGAUGUUGGCGAGAAAACUUCCUGAAAAACAAAAGUCAAAUUCGUUCUUUGGGAUUCGAUGACAAGUUCAUCAGGACAUGGGAGUACUACUUUCACUAUUGUGCUGCUGGAUUCAAAACGUGCACGAUAGGAGAUUAUCAGAUUGUAUUUUCAAGGCCAGGCAAUGUUGCAGUUUUUGGUGAUCCUUACAAUUACUCCCCUUCAGCUUAUUAUAGAGUUUAAUUUCUCUUUGUUUUGGAAUAAUUUGGAACUUUGUCUUAUAAAUUAAUUCCUCAAAACAGCAAUAAAAAUCAAAUUGUGAUUCUCUCUUAUUGUAUUCUGAGGACUUUUCCCAUU